UGAUUAUUUGGCUUACUGAUCAUUUUUUUACACUGUGAGUUGUGCAGUUGUGUUGAUAUAAACACAAAAUGCUAGCUAGACUUAACAGGCUGCAAAAACAUAAGGAAGCCGUUUGUAAACGCAGUUCACACCUUCAGCCCUGAAAGGGGUGACAAAAGUGAACGAGCACCAUUUGGCGCAUCCAAGCAAGACCAUUGGCUGAUCUGAGCUCUUAUUUGCAUAAACCACAUACUUAAAGUCAGUAAUGGCAAACAGUUGCUGAUAACUUUACUAAGAGGAAACCUGAACACAACAGAAACCCUUCACUGGAUGGCGUAUUAAUACAAUCUCCUAUAAACAUGGAGGCAAGAAAGAUGUUAGCGAGACUUAGUUUAGUUGUUGUUACACUCUGGACAGUGAGUGGCACAACCAUCAAAUAUUAUACAAACGAAGAAGCCACACCAGGAACUUUCAUUGGCAACUUAUCUCUGGAUCUGAAAAUCAACACAUCCGAAGAGCUGAACACAAUCUUCCGUUUCAUGCAGGAGGAGAAAUCCUUCAUCAACAUGAGAAAGCACGACGGGUGUUUGACGGUGGCAGGACGCAUGGACCGGGAAAGCCUGUGCCGAAGAUCUCCGGUAUGCCUCAUCAACUUUGACGUUGUCGUGGUCUCCAAUGAAAAGUUUCACCUUGUUCACGUCGAAAUCCAAGUGAGAGACAUUAACGACAACGCUCCCCGGUUUGCGCGUGACGAGAUACAACUCGAGAUCCCCGAGAACGCGGCCGUGGGCACGAAGUUCCCGUUAGAAGCUGCGAAGGACUUGGACGUGGGAAACAACAGUGUCCGAGAUUACAGUCUAUUUCACAACAGCCACUUCAUUAUCGAGACGAAGACUGGGGAGGAGGGCUUUGCGUACCCCGAACUCAUUUUGGUGAAAGAACUUGACAGCGAGGUUGAAGACACUUACACCCUUAAAAUUACGGCGAGUGAUGGCGGAAAUCCUCCGAAGUUGGGAUCGGUAACGGUCACCGUAAACGUUUUGGAUUCCAACGACAACAGCCCUCGCUUUGAAAUAAACUCCCCUAAAGUUGAGCUUCACGAGGACGCGCCUGUCGGGCAUCUUUUGCUUAAACUCUACGCGUUUGAUCCAGACCGCGGCGUGAAUGGUGACGUGCGUUACGGUUUCAUGAAUGGGGUCCCGGAUGAAAUCCAGAACACCUUUGCUAUUGACUCGUUUACCGGUGCGGUCACCCUUAAAUCACCCGUAGACUACGAGACGAGAAAAUCUUACGAGCUGAAUGUACACGCAUACGAUUUGGGUGUUAACUCUGUCCCGUCCCCUUGCAAAGUCACCGUCGAAAUUGUAGACGUCAACGACAACCCUCCAAAAAUCCACAUUAAACCGAUGGCAUCCACGAGCGAGGGCGUGGCUUACAUCACGGAGGCAGCAGCGGUGGAGAGUUUCGUCGCUCUCAUCAGCACCACGGACAGGGACUCCGGGAGCAACGGGCGCAUGCGCGUCAGACUAAAUGGCCACGAACAUUUUAAACUUAAAGAGGCUUAUGGUGACACUUUUAUGAUCGUCACGACAGUUCAUCUUGACAGAGAAAAGAUUCCUGAGUACAAUAUGACCGUCAUUGCUGAAGAUUUGGGUUCUCCGCCUUUCAUCACUUCGAGACAGUACACUAUUAGGGUAAGCGACGAAAACGACAACGCACCACUGUUUAGUAAAACUGUUUAUGAAAUUUCAAUCAUGGAAAAUAAAGGACCAGGUGCUUAUAUCGGCACGUUAGUUGCUCGUGAUCCAGAUGAGGGUGCAAAUGGACAUGUAACGUACAAACUUAUUGGCAAUGAGAUUGAUGGAGCUCCACUAAACUCUUAUGUUUCAGUGGACUCCACUACUGGCUCUUUAUACACCCUCAAAUCUCUGGAUUACGAAGAUCUGAAGCAGAUAGAUUUGGUUAUCGAGGCUACAGAUGGCGGCUCACCUCCUCGGUCAAACACAGCUCUUGUAAAAGUCAAAAUUGUGGAUGAAAAUGACAAUGCUCCUUUUAUUUCUCACCCUGUUUUGGUCGAUGGCUCUGCAGAUGUGCCUUUACCCUACAACGCUCCAGCUGGUUAUGUUGCACUUGCAGUUAAAGCUCACGACAUGGAUGAUGGUGUGAACAGUAAGCUUUCUUUCAGCCUGCUGGAAGACAACGAAAGGAUGUUUUUCAUAAACAAAACUACAGGUGCGAUUGUGCUGAAAUACAGUUUGAGUCAUAAACAAGGAGACUCUUUAGAGAUUAAAGUGAUGGUCACUGAUGGCGGGAGGACACCUUAUUCUUGCACCGCCACUAUACGCUUCGUGGUCACAGAGGAAGAGCUAUCUGAUGAACAUUUGGUUGUAUCUUUUGAUAUGAAUGAUGUGGAAAAAAGUGAAGAGGAGAGGACCAACCUCAAUGCUUCCCUUAUCAUUAUUGUUCUUCUCGGAGCCGGUUGCACGUUCUUAUUGGUUGCCAUCAUUGCAGUUGCUUUCUCACGCAGACCAACUCAAUCAUACUUUGAGAAGAAUAAUAGAUUGGAAAGAGUCAUUGUUAAGAGUCCAGUCUCGGCAAACAGUAUUGACUCAUCUGAUUCCAGCAGUUUCCAUGAAUCUGGUGCUACAGUUACUGAACAGAUGUCUUCUACAAGAGAGGAUUCAUCUUAUGAGGAGCAUAGUCAAGAUUCAGACAGCAAGGUGUUCCAGCCCCUCUUAAAAAGGACACAUUUUGAUUCGGUUGCUAUGUGGCAAGGUGACAGACACAGCCAGCACAUAAGCAGGAUUCGUACUGUUGAUCAGACAAGCAUAAGGGACAGUGGGAAAGGUGACAGUGACAUCAAUGACACGGACUCCAAUAUCAGUGGAGAUGCAGACCCGAGAAUUUCUAGCAGUGGACAUCUGCGAGUUAUGAAUUCAGUCUGUUCUGCACCACUUGGUGGACUGGGACCAGAAACUAAGGGAAUCCCAACACACAGCUUCAGUGCUGGCAGCAGUGGAUACCAAAUAGCCUACCGAACAACGUGCAACUAUUAUUCCUCCCAUCAACGUCCAAUUCCUUCAGCCCACCCCAGACAUUUUCUAGACCCUGUGUCAUGCAGAAUUGGAACCAUUUCACCAGAUUACUACAAUCACCACCACAAUCCCCAUUCACACCUGGGAAGACUACCACAAAUCAUUCCAGAGGAUUUAGUGGAGGUCACCUCAACACCAUCAGCAACCACUUUUUAAAAGACUGAUCACGUCCCAAAGCAGUUAUUAAAUACAGACUGACCAAACACUUUGAGUGAGCUUUAAACAAGCAUAUAGUAAUAUUACAAACUAUUUAAUUUUGUGUAUAUAGUGUUUACUUUGUAACUAAUGUAAAUAAAAAUACUACAUUUGAAAAUAACCAGAAGCUGGGAUUGU